AAUUAUAUGUAAAGUGCUACAAAAUAACUCGGAAAAAAGGAAAAUAUCUACGAUACUUAACCUAUAUAUUUUUUAUAAUAAAAGUGACAGCAAAACAAAUAAUUGUGGUGAUGUAUUCAGUAAUAAAUAUUGGGGAAUCUUAUUUGAAUUUUAAUCUCUGUUAAAUUACCAGUGUAAGUUCAAACUGAAAAUUCAAGUUGUUAUUAAAAUGGCUGAAUCUAAUGUCAAUGAAAGUGAAGAAAAAAAAGAUUUUGAUUUGGAGUGUGCAAUUUGUCUUCAGCCAUGUGUUCAUCCCGCUGAACUGCCAUGUGGUCACAUAUUUUGCUUCCUAUGUGUCAAGGGCAUAGUAUUCCAGAACAAGAGGUGUGCAUUGUGUCGACAAGUUAUUCCUAGGGAAUAUAUUAACAAUCCUACUCUAGUGAAGUGGAGUGCAGUUCUAGAAAAACAAAAAUCUGUUGAUGAUCAGUACCAGUGGUUUUAUGAAGGCCAUAAUGGUUGGUGGCAAUAUGAUGAGAGGGCUAAUGGAGAAAUUGAACGAGCAUACACAUUGAAUCAGAGUUGGUGGCAAUAUGAUGAAAGAACUGGCUCAGAUUUGGAAACAGCAUAUAAUAUGGGAGUUGAUAGCUGUGAGGUACUCAUUUCAGGCUACAUGUAUGUUAUAGAUUUCAAAUUGAUGGUGCAAUAUAGAAAAUACGAAUUUUCUCGUAAAAGAAGUAUCAAGAGAGAUUCGCCCACAAUUCCUAAAAAAGGAAUAGCCGGUAUAAGAACAGAAGAAGGUGAAAAUAAUUGCGAAGAUGAUGAACAGAAUAGCCAGAUCGAAAACCAAAUACCAAUCACACCAUUCAAUACUCCUCAGAGUCCAAUUAGUCAGAGGCAAUCUCCAGAAGAUAGUUUUCUACAGGCUUUCCGCUCAUUACGGAUAGGGUCACCAGACACAAGAAAUACCAAUGAUGAUUAUGAAAAUUUACCCCACCGUAGGAGUUCUUGAUUAUUUAUUGUAAUAAGAUAUGUAAAUAAGUAUAUUUUUAUUGAUAAUUAUAUUAUUUUCGUAACAAAAA